UAGCUAACAUAACCCAAAAACUCUCUCUCUCUCUCUCUCUCUCUCUUUAGAAGUUUGCAGCCAUGGCAAAUCCUAGUGAAUCUCUUCACAAGGUAAACUUUGCCAACAAGAGAAGCUUCGGCGCGGCGUUGAAGAAAGACCUGAAAGAGACUUUCUUCCCGGACGAUCCAUUCAAGCAGUUUGAGAACCAGCCAUUCUCCAAAAAAACCAAGAAAGUGAUACAGUACUUCGUUCCGGUCUUCGAGUGGCUGCCAAAAUACAAUUUAAGUCUCUUCAAGUAUGAUCUUCUUGCCGGAAUCACCGUUGCUAGCCUCGCCAUACCUCAAGGAAUCAGCUACGCUAAGCUCGCCAACAUUCCUCCCAUCAUCGGCCUCUAUUCAAGCUUUGUGCCACCGCUGGUGUAUGCGGUAUUCGGAAGCUCAAAGCAUUUGGCAGUAGGAACAGUGGCGGCUUGUUCAUUGCUUAUAUCAUCAAUAAUUGGAGGGAAAGUAUCACCAAUUGAAGAACCUGAAUUGUAUCUUCAUUUGGUUUUUACUGCUACUUUCUUCACUGGCCUCCUUCAAACUGCUAUGGGUUUCUUACGGCUAGGAAUAUUGAUAGAUUUUUUAUCGCAUUCGGUGAUCACUGGGUUCAUGGGAGGGACAGCAAUUAUUAUUAUCCUACAACAAUUGAAAGGCGUGUUUGGUGUGACUCAUUUUACCACCAAAACCGACGUCGUUUCUGUUUUGCGUUCUAUUUUCAGCCACAGAGAUGAGUGGCACUGGCAGAGCGCAAUUGUGGGUAUAAUUUUCCUUGCUUUCCUCCAAUUCACUCGAUUUGUGGUAGGUCACUUGUCGAAAGGAAUAAAUCCCUUAUCCAUUAAACAUUUGAACUUUGACCCUAAGUACAUAUCAGCACCUAUACAAGCUGGGAUCAUCACUGCCAUGGUGGCUCUGGCUGAAGGAAUAGCAAUUGGAAGGAGUUUUGCCAUAAUGAAAAAUGAACAUAUGGAUGGAAACAAGGAGAUGGUAGCUUUCGGUUUAAUGAACAUUGUUGGAUCUUUCACUUCAUGCUAUUUAACUACUGGGCCAUUUUCAAAAACAGCAGUUAAUUUCAAUGCUGGGUGCAAGACACAAAUGACAAAUGUGGUGAUGGCCAUAUGUAUGAUGUUGACCUUAUUGUUCUUGGCUCCUCUGUUCAGUUACACCCCCAUUGUCGGUCUUUCUGCCAUCAUCAUGUCAGCAAUGUUCGGUUUGAUCAAGUAUAAAAAGGCUUAUCACAUGUUCAAGACUGACAAGUUUGAUUUUUGCAUUUGCAUGGUUGCAUUCAUUGCUGUUGCCUUCAUAAGCAUGGACAUCGGCCUCAUGCUAUCAGUAGGACUUUCCAUACUCAGAGCACUUUUAUAUGUGGCUAGGCCUGUUACUUGCAAGCUUGGAAACAUACCAAACUCGACAUUGUAUCGCGAUAUAGAACAGUAUCCUGACGCAAUAGAGGUCCCUGGGAUCCUCAUUUUGAAACUUGGUUCCCCUAUAUACUUUCCGAAUUGCACUUACAUAAAAGAGAGGAUUUUGAGAUGGGUUAGAGAUGAACAAGCAGCUGCGAAUUCUAAAGGGAAUGGUGAUAUUGAGCAUGUUUUGCUAGAUUUGGGAGGAGUUACAUCCAUUGACAUAACGGGUGUUGAAACCCUAACUGAGGUCCGAAGAAGCUUGGAAGCCAAAGGGCUUAAGGUGACUUUAGUAAACCCUAGGCUUGAGGUGAUGGAGAAGUUGAUAGCAACGAAAUUCGUAGAUUUAAUUGGGAAAGAAAAUGUGUUCUUAUCAAUCGAAGAUGCAAUUGAGGCUUGUAGAUUUACACUCAAAAGUUCAAAACAAUUUGAAGUAUAAGGCUGUAAUUAGGCAAGUGAUGUAGUAUAAUACUAGCAUGUAAUUAUUGAAAAAUCAUCUUUCUGCACCACAGGGUGAGAGGGGCGAGGAUUAAUAUAUGCUCGAUUUAGAUUUAUAAUGAUGAUUAAUCACGAAAGUAGAGGUCAAGUUCUGUAUUUUACUCAUUCUUAAAAUGAUAAUAUGAUCAAUAUGUUGGAGUCACAUUUCUAGUA